AUGGCUGCCAAGACGUACCCGUUGAUGUCCCGCAGAGAGGUCGAAGCCUUGAUCGCAGACGGCCGAAGUAUCUUCAUCCUCGACCAGCAUGUAGUCAAGGCAGACCCUUGGCUCCAGUACCACCCGGGCGGCGACAAGGCCAUCUUGCACAUGGUCGGGAGAGAUGCCACUGACGAAGUCACCGCUCUUCACUCGGCCGACGCGAGACAGCAGAUGAACCGCUACCGCAUCGGCAAGAUUGAAGGGCGAUGGGCCAACUUCGUCCCUCCCAUCCAGGGGGGCAAGUUCAGGCCCCUAUCAGAACUAUCAGACGGCAGCGAAGAGUUCUACACCAAUUGCACAACCUCGAUUCUCUCCUCGACAGCCUCCUCAAGCCACUCGAGCUCCCGUGCGCCAUCUCCCGUGUUUGACGACACCACUGAUCCGACCCUGCGAAAACGGCACGCUUCGAGCAGUGAAAACCCCCCGGGUCCGGCCUCGGUCUCUUCAAUCUCAUCUGCCGACGCCGACGAUGGCAUGUCGUUCCUCGACACCCUGACCAGUGAGAAGAUGAAUCUCGACCUGGACAAAUAUCCGUCACUGGACUUUGCCACACAGGACACCAUUGUGGCCAAAUAUCGGGACCUGCACCAGCGGAUCAAGGAUGAAGGACUCUACAAGUGCAGCUACCGAGCCUAUGCCAUCGAAGUUUGCCGUUAUUCCAUGCUCGCUGCCUCUGCACUUCUCUUCCUGCACUGGGGGUGGUAUGUCCCGAGUGCGAUAUGCUUGGGCGCCUUUUGGCACCAGCUAGUCUUUACCGCCCAUGACGCCGGCCAUAUGGGCAUCACACAUGGCUUCCACACCGACACUGUCAUUGGUAUCAUCAUUGCCGACUUCCUUGGCGGUCUGUCCCUUGGGUGGUGGAAGAGGAACCACAAUGUACAUCACAUCAUCACGAACUCGCCAGAGCACGACCCUGAUAUCCAACACAUGCCCUUCAUGGCCGUCUCUCAUCGGCUUCUCACAUCUCUGCGCUCCACCUUCUACGAGCGUGUCAUGACGUAUGACGCACUGGCAAAGGUCACUCUCAGGAUUCAGCCAUACACCUACUACCUACUUUUAUCCUUUGGGCGCUUCAACCUGUACGCUUUGUCCUUCGAAUUCCUCCUUCGAGGACAGGGCCCACGCAAGGGACCUGCAUGGUGGCACAGAUGGCUCGAGCUCGCCGGCCAGCUAUUUUUUUGGACUUGGUUUGGUUAUGGCGUUGUUUACAAGUCGAUUCCCACCAACUUGGAUCGAUUUGUAUUCGUGCUGAUCAGCCACAUGGUCACCAUGCCCGUCCAUGCUCAGAUCUGCCUCUCCCAUUUUGCAAUGAGUACAUCUGAAAUGGGACCGCACGAAUCGUUCCCGCAGAAGAUGCUUCGCACUACUAUGGACAUCGAUUGCCCACAGUGGCUAGACUUCUUCCAUGGCGGCCUCCAGUUCCAGGCCAUUCAUCACCUCUACCCCAGGAUUCCGCGUCAUAACCUGCGCCGGACGCAAAGGCUUGUGCAGGACUUCUGUAACGAUGUCGGUAUCCCUUAUGCACUAUACGGUUUUGUGGACGGCAACAAGCAGGUUGUAGGUACGCUUGCCGACGUGUCAAGGCAGGCAGCCGUACUUGCCAAAUGCCAACAAACCAUUGCUGGGAGAGACGACUCCAUACACGGGCAUAGCCAUUGA